CGCAAUGGAUUGCUUCGCUCCCUCCUCAACCGGCCACCUCGGGGCACUCGGCAACAUUGGCUUGCCAACUCAUUUCCUCGAGGCAACCGAAAGGUGUCCUCCCCCGAUUCCGGCUUCGGCUUCGGCUCUUCCAGCCCUACUCUCUCCUGGUUGCCACGACUCACUCCCCCCUCUCUGGUGACAACUCCGAGUACUCGAGCCGCCCUCGAGACCGCCGUCCCCCGUGGCAAACCCAACCACGACCUGCGGCUGCACAAUUCUGAGUCGAGUCGAAGUAGCAACGGCUGCGUCAGUCUGGCCAACCCAACGACGGUGUCUGCGAAAGCUGGCACGCCUCGCGACAACUUGGCGGUUGCCAAUUCGCGCAGCCGUGGCGGUGAUGAAACCUCGUCGGCCCCACUUACAGCUGGUCUCAUCGGUACCUGUUCCUCUGGCUCCACCACCCUCUGCCGACGUAGUGCCAUCGUCAUCGACGUCUAUGUCGUGAUUGACAACCCGACUCUUCGUCUCCCCGACUACAGUCUGGAAGCUGGCAUUUCUUGUUUCCCGGCCGACCUCAGCGGGCUCUUGUCGGCCCCAGGCCCAUCAGUCUUGCCUUCUCCGUUGUCAACUGCUUCUGGUACCAACGCCUGUUCGUAUUAUCCGUCCAGAUACCCAUCAAUCACCGUUCCGGCCACCGGACCGUUGUUAGGACACACCUCGGUCACUCUGCCCCGUCAGGCUAGGUCGAACGCCGACGCCUAUGUUACCGGGUCUGUCUGUGAGGCAGCUGGUGGGGCGAGAUUGUCGUGGCAACGGCCGAUCGUAGGGACAAGAUCCGGUGUUGGGUUUUGUCACCAAGAGUCUCUUGUCACGACCGAACCGACGACCAACACCGUUUUGAGUUGCAGUGGGCUAAUGUUGACAAACGGAGGUAAAAGGUCUCCUUUGGUGGAUGGCGAGGUUAGGAGGGAUCUUCCUCUGCCUCCAAUUCAAGUGACAACCGAAAACAAGAUCCGAGACAAGGCAGACCAAGAAGGGAACGCUGUCGGCGCACAGUUGAAGCACUCUCAGUCCGCCUGUAAACGGGGCGUCACAAAGGUCAAAUGUACCAUUCAAUAA